UUCCAUCUUUCGAAUGCCCCUGUCGGAUCGCUGAAACAACCGCCGAUAGGGGUGUUCGGCAAAACUCGAUAAAAAAAAAACAUAUAUAUUUAAAGAUACGCUCGAUAAACACGAUACAAAGCUACAAUUCAAAAUAAAACUACAGGUUGUGUCGAAUACUCUUGUAUCCACGGACUCCGUCCCUAUCAUGCAGUCGCUGUGGACCCUGCCUCCCCCCCCCCAUGUGCCUCCCUGAAUGGUCCGGCCCCAGGGUUACAGGAAGUUGUAGCAGCUGCCAUGUUUAGCUGCUUUGUUGUAGGCUUCUUGGAGAUUUCCUGCAGUUUUUUUUAAGUGUUGCAAUGGAGCCGAGUUGGAGUACAUUCUUAUUUCAGGCGAACGAAGCCUUGCAUCACCAGCACCAGGUGGCUCAGAACAGCCUCCUCCCGCUGCUGAACUCUGUGUCCGAUCAGCCUGACCAGAAGCCCAGCCUGCCCAUCCCCCUGGAGCAGAAGCCCCCCUCGAGCUCCUCCGAGCACCUCAAAGACAAUGUGGGGCCCGGCGGCGGAGGAGGAGGGGGGCAGGUCGCGGGUGCCAUCAAGAAGGAGCACAAAACCAAAACGCCCUUCAUCUGCGGCUACUGCAACAAGGCCUUCAGGGACAGCUACCACCUGCGCAGGCACGAGUCGUGCCACACGGGCGUCAAGAUGGUGUCGCGGCCGAAGAAGACGGCCCAGACUGCACCCACCAUGGUGCCCCUCAUCUCCUCCCCAAUCCCCCGGGAGAACAGCAGCACCCCUUCCUACGUGUCGACCAUCGCGGGCCUCCUCACCACCGCCACCACCUCGGUGUCCACAGGCUCUAGCAUCAUGUCUCCCGGCAUCAUGGGCAACGCGCAGCACCCCCCGCCCGGCACCGGCGCCCCCCCGAAGAAGCCCGCCAAGCCCGUGAAGAAGAACCACGGCUGUGACAUGUGCGGCAAGGCCUUCCGCGACGUCUACCACCUGAACAGGCACAAGCUGUCCCACUCUGACGAGAAGCCCUUCGAGUGCCCCAUCUGCCAGCAGCGCUUCAAGAGGAAGGACCGCAUGACCUACCACGUGAGGUCCCACGAGGGCGGCAUCAACAAGCCUUACAUCUGCUCGGUCUGUGGGAAAGGCUUCUCCAGGCCUGAUCAUUUAAGCUGUCAUGUGAAGCACGUCCAUUCCACAGAAAGACCCUUCAAAUGCCAAGUCACGGCUUGUACAGCUGCUUUCGCUACCAAAGACAGACUGCGCUCGCACAUGAUUCGCCACGAAGGGAAAGUGACCUGUAAUAUCUGUGGGAAGAUGCUGAGCGCAGCCUACUUCACCAGCCAUUUGAAAACACACGGGCAAAGCAACUUCAACACAUCCUGUAACAAAGGAUUAGGUGACUGGAUUUGGAACACGUUGGGGGAAAGAAAAGACUCUAGUGAUGUUUGCAACUCUGCUUCUGCGACUCCGGUGACGGUGUCGGCCCCAAUCACCACCGGCAUGAGCCGCUGCAACAUGAGCAACCCCGUCACCAUCGCGGCUCAAAUGAACAUUAGCACCAGCACGGUGAACAUCACCUCCCCGGUCAACCUGCCGCACCCGGUGACCAUCGCCACCGCGCCCAUGAACAUCGCGCACCCCGUCGCCAUCUCCACCCCCAUGUCUCUCUCCAGCGCCAUGAAUAUAACCGGCCCUUUAAAUAUAGCGAUGCGACCCAUGGAAAGCAUGCCUUUUCUUUCCCAGGUCCUGCCUUCCUCCCCUCCCUGGUAGACUCCCUCUUUCCCCUUCCCUCCGUCCCUCCCCCAGUAUUAAGUUUACUUUGCAUAGGCAGGUAUGGUAUGGAGAGAGGAGCUGUCCCUUUGCUUGGCUGCAGUACAGCUGCCUUUUUUUUUUUUUUUUAAGAAAAAAAAAAAAAAGUAAACUUAGGGCUUAGUAUUAGGGCUUUCUGAAGCACCUCUGUCCAAAACAGAAUACAGUUGCUGUUUUUAAUCGAAUGAAAAAAAAAAAGUGCAAGAUUAAUUUGGUUUUGCGAGCAAAGACGUCUUUCACGUCAGGUAAGCGAAGAUUCUGUUGUGUCAAAGUCGCGCGCCCCUUUUUUUUUUAGGGUGUCAAAUGCAAUCCAUGUGCAUUGCUGGUUAUCAAGAGUUUCGUAAGACUUCCUAAUACACAUAGCAGCUGUCUCUUAUUGUAGCCUGCAGAUCAGUAUUUAACAGUGUGUUUUUAAGUGUGUGUUUUUUUUUUUAACGGUAAAGGGACAAAGACUUCCAAUCGGAGGGCAAAGAUGAUUUCAAAUGGUCACGUAUGUAGACGUGUGUUUGUACAGAGCGAUUUGUUACGCUGUAUUCAGUAAGGUACGUGGACAGUAUCUUAAACAGUUAAACUGGAUGGAUUAUUUUUUUACCCUUCCAAUCGUGCCACCCACAGCGAUCGUUAAGGCUUUUAUAGACUAAAGAUGUAAAAACAAACAAAAUAUCUAAGUGUGUGUUGGGGAUAGCUGGGAUGAGCUUCUGACUUUUUAUACAGUUAUAAACCAGUUUCUGGAUUUUCAGUCAUUUUACAGGAUUUCAAACUAGGAAAAGAAACUUGCACUGAAUGCAUAGCCCAUGUUUUUAAUUUUCUAAAAGAGCAGUAUUAUUAUUAUUAUUAUUAUUAUUCAAGAUCAAAUGAAAGUGUUGACCUGCAAAAGUACCAGGUCUGCACUGUAGAUAGAAAUGCGCCAUCUAGUGGCUUGGGAACAUGCCGAGGUUUGUUCCAAAGGUCACCAUGAUUAAUAUUCUUAAUGUUAUUAUUAUUAUUACACCGGUGAUGGAUCCUAGUUAUUAUUAUUUUUUUUAAUUAGAAUUCUAUUUUUAUCCCUUUUUUAUUGGAAGAAUAGAAAGCGUAGUAUGGACCUUACACUCAGGAACUCUGCUGAGGAUAGAGAGCCCGGUGAUCGUGUUAUGUAAGUGUUUCAUGUCUCACACAUAACUUUUAAUCCUGGAAUUGUAACGUUGCAUUUGUAAAUAUAUAUGGUACACCAUAUACUUCUGCUGAGCUGAACUAAGCAUAGAUGAGAGAGAGAGAGAGAGGCGGGGAUCCAAGAACGGAGUUAGAAAUGCUGCCGUCCAUUCAGACUUGCUCACAGUUCUACAUUUUUACUGUAGCUUGGAUCGGUUCUUGUAAUAAAGAAUUGUUCUGUGUGCCAGAGUGCAGUUAGUCCCCUCGUCGUAAGAGACGCCCACCUAAAAAAAAGGACUUCCCCAGAUCUCUUUUUAUAUUAUGUAUGUGUUUCCUGAAGGUGGCAGAAGCUGUUAACUCUUAACUCUGUUGAGCAGCCCACUCCACUGCUUUUCCUUUUUUACUGUCAAAGUGGAGUCCUACUUUCUCAAAGCAGCUGCCAGACCAAAUGCUGAAGCCUAUCGUCGGCUGUUCUCGUCUCUUGAGGUUGACAGGCACGCUUCUAAAGCUGUUAAACACUACUGUGAUUAACUGGAGACAGAGCACACCUCAACAGAGCAAACCCUGAGAUCACUGUACUGUACAUACAGUAACUCGUACUGUGUGUCAUUCAUUGACUUUCUCAAUCCUAGAUCAUAUCAUAAAGACGAUGAACUAUUUUAAUCUUGCUGAAAUUCUGUUGCAUCCUAAUUUAUCACUGUACCCAAGGCUGGCCGAUGUGUUCCUGUCAGACUGGUACAACAAGCAAUUCUUGGAUCCCUGCUGAGGCAAACGGAAUGUAUAUCUCUGUACAAAACCAUUUAGUUCCAAGGACGUGGUAGUUAGGCUAGACAUCUGUGCAAGAGGAAGUAAGAACCUUUUAUAAACCUUUUGUAUUAGAACAUUAACAAUGGUCAUUUUGUUUUGUAUAUAUAAAUAUAUAUAUGAAGACUUUAGACUUUCCGAUUUAGCGGAAAGGAAAAAACAUUCCUACAUUUUUUUUUUUUAAAUGUAUGUUUUGUCAAAAAUAAUUAUGUAAACAUAUGCCCAAUGUUUUUAUGUGCCUUUUAUUUGGAUGGUCUAAAUAAAAGAACUAUGAAACAGGA